AUGGUGUUAUUCCUGCUCAUGAUACUCUUGCAUCGGAGCUCAGCGCACCCCACCCUCCUCAAUAUUCCUGAUUGCGGGCUGACGAGAGUAGCGCCGCGAAUUAUCGGAGGAGUAGAUGCCAGCAUCAAUCAGGCGCCGUGGUUCGUGCAGCUUGUUUUCGACAAAUAUUUUUGUGGAGGGAGUUUGAUAACACUGCGCCACGUUAUGUCCGCCGCUCAUUGCGGAGCUCAGAAAGCUUACUUGAGAGAUCCUGCGGGCUUCCUGAAGGUACUGAGGGUCAAGGUGGGAUCAUCGAUCGCCAGCGACAUGAAGAUUUAUCAUCCGGUAGCCGUGAGGAGGCAUCCGAAGUUCAACGGACACUACUACUUCAAUGACAUCAUGAUCGUAGACGUUGGCCAGGAGAUCCGCGUCAGAGGUGUUCGACCGAUUUGCCUCGUGAGCGAGAAAGAAAAGGAUUACGCAGUGGAGGGCGCCAUGGCAGUCGUGUUCGGUUUCGGAAAAAUAUCGGCGACGUCGAAGAAAAAUGCCGAGACUCUGCAAGUCACAGUGCAGAAGAUUCUUCCUAAGAAAACGUGCGCCAACCAUCCAAGAUUGAAGGAUUAUCUGUAUGACACCUCUUUGCACAUUUGUGCCUACUUGGCUCUCACCAGAAAAGGCCGAACCGAUGCGUGCGAGGGCGAUUCCGGAGGUGCGUUAUCGGUCGUGCGGAAGUACGGCGAAAGAUCUGUUCGACAGUUCGCUGUAGGGAUCGUGUCCUACGGAUUCAAUUGCGCAGUUCGGAAUUAUCCCGGCAUCUACACUCGAGUUUCGACGUAUCAAAAGUUCAUCGUGAAAACCGUUCAAGCCAUGCAUGGGCAAAAGUAUCUGUUCUGA